UCUGUCAAUUAACAAGUCACUGACCGUGACGCGGCGUCAUUAAAUUUCCAUCGAUUGCAAUUUGCAUAGGUUGACUGUUGACAGUAACGGCUUAAUUGUAGAAAUAGGCCAAUUCAUUUUGUGGUAAUAAAUUUUUAAGCAAGGUCAGCUGUGACAUUAAGAAAGAAAUAUAUUCUAUAAUAUUAAACAAUAUGAGACGCCACAGAGAGUUUGAUAAUGAUCCCCGUCAACCUUCUCCCGGUGGACCUCUAAUGACUAAUCAUCUCCGUGACUUGGACAUUGAAUUGGAGCUAUUAAAACGUAAAAGAGAGAUAAUUCAACAAGAACAAGAUAUGCUAAGCAGAUUCUCAACAAAGAGGCAGUAUGAUUACGAGCAUCGCUCUAACACAUACGAUCGACAAGAACCCAAUAAUCGUCAGUUCAAUACUAAUAACUUUCCCCAUAGAUUUGAUGGUCCUAGCAAUUCUGGUAAUUUCACCAGAGCCCAAGGAGCUAAACGCCAAACACCCAAUCAGUAUUGGCAACCCCCAUCUGUGCCCAAACGUUUCACAGCUCCUCAAAAAAUUAAUCCUUGGCAGACUUCGAACCCCCGUCAAGAAUUAGGAUUUCCUAAUCGAAAAAACUUUCCUCCUCAACAAGGGAACAUCGGGGGAGCAAUCAGACCCCUUAUGAGUAUUCGGCCAAGCAUUAGCCAAAGAAUUCAAAAAAAAAAUCAGAUUCCACGCAAAGAUUUCAAACCUAAUAAGGUAACUAAACCUAAACCUCAACAAGCUCCAAAUAAACUUUCCACAUAUUCCGUUGCGGCAACUAAGAAAUUAGUUUCCCAAGUUGUAGAUACAAUGGAUAAGAAAGUUGAAUCUGAUCAAAUUUUGCGUGUUGAUAAAACACCUACGGUCCAGAUGAAGGGUCGGCUGGAGUUAGCCUUAGGUACAAUCAUGAAAGAGAUUAAGAACGAACAUUGCACCGAUCCAAAGGAUAUUGAGUACUUUCAAUCCCCAUUCAUACAGCGUCUGUUAAAACAUGCUAUUCGAACACGUAUAAGGAGUGUUAUGAUAGAUCAGGUCGUUGGCAACUUUAGUGACAUUGUCUCUAAAUACCGCGAGAAAUUCCCGAAGGAUACUGACCUUGAGUUAGUACAAAUAGCCAAAGAUGCCCAAACUUUAAGCUCUAAGUCAGUUGGUGUUGCACAGCUUAUAGAAUCAGAUGAUCCACAAGAGUUUUAUAAUAGAAAUAUGUUGAAAGCACUCUACAUCAAGUUCGAUGAAAUUUUUGAUAAUCUGGAAAAGUUAUAUCAAAGUAAAGCAAAAAAUUUAGAUGAAUAUAUUAAAUAUAUGCCUGAACCAAAAAAGUUGGACAAAGAUAAAACACCAAAUCAAAGUAAUGAAAAUAUUAAUUCUGGUGCUGGAAAAGAAAAAAUUAAUUUGGAAAACCUCAUUGGAGAAGGAGACACAGUCCAAGUGAUUAACGAGAGGUUAACUAAAGUGAAGAUUUAUAGAGAGUUCAUGGAUGAACUCAUUGAACAAAGACUGCCUAAAGUCUUACCGAAAUUCAAAGAUGCAAUUUUAUCCAUUAUACUCACCGACAAAGAGUUUUUGGUCACAAAAUCGGUCAUAAUGUCUCAAUUAAAGAAAAAGAUUAACAGAACCUUUGAUAAAGAUAUAGAUAUAGAAUUUCCUAACUCAUCAACCACCAAUACAUCACCGAAAACAAUGAGUGAAACUUCUGCAGGCUCAUCCGCAGAAAAAUUAUCUAACACAUCUACACCGAGAGAUAAAUCCUGUGACACAGAGAAACCUUCACAGGCAUCACCUGUUGAACCAUCAACAAACGCAACACCUAAAACCGUUGCAAAUACUGCUCCUGCAACUUCAAACAAUACGUCUUCUGAACAAAAUACACCAAAGUCUGAUGAUUUGUUUUAUGUCAAGCUGAUCAGUCGCCCAAAUCUGCCGGCCAGAGCGGUCAUAUAUGAUUUCUUGAAGCAGUUUAAACCAGCAUCAAUCAAGAAACACAAAAGUAUCAACAAUCUCUUAGUUAUUGGGUUCGCUAAUAAGGAAGACUAUGAUAAAAUAAUUGCAGUGAAUGAAACUGUUGUUGGCAAUUCUACAAUCGUAAUAAAAGCCAGUGAGCAGGUAACCAAAAUAAAACAGUCUACACCACAAGAGGAAAAUGACGAAAGUGCGAAAUCUGCAAACAGUUCUUUGUUAGAUGACAGUCUGCUUGGUUCAGAUCUUGACAGUCAGAUAACAGAUUUAUUGACAUCUAUCAGGUCAGCUAAUGAAUCAGAUGAAGGUUCGGACGUGAAUAAUAUCAAUGAUAAAAUGGAUAAAUCAGGAACAACAGACAAAACUCAAGCCGAUGCAAAGUCUACUACUGAUAAGAUCAAUACUGAUGAAUCUGACAAAUGUGUUGAUUCAAUUAAAACUGAAAAAAAGCUUGAUACAGCUAACACUGAUACAAAUAACAAAGCUUCUGAUAAUGUUGAAGAUGAAAAAACAACUAUUGACAUAAUAAAAACUGAACUAUCUACAGAAAACAAGGAGUUACAAGCAACAACAAAGAUAUCCAAUAUUGAAAGUGGUGUUACAAAGUCAGAGGAAGAGAAAAAUGUACAAGAACUAGAAAUGAUUAUGGAACUCGGUGAGGAGCAAAAAAAUAAUAAUGAUAAAAGCAAAUUAUUAGAGAAGCCAGAUGGUGAUAAAUUAAAAGAUAAUUUAAAGGAAUCUGGAAGGGCCACGCCCACUAGGAGCUCUUCACGCUUAGCAAGCUCUACUCCAAGCACCAUAAGAACCAGGAGAGCUAGCCGACUUGCACAAAACAACUAAAAUACAUACCUUGUAUUUAUAGUGGUUUUUGACACAUAUAUUUGUUUAAUAUUUGAUUUAAAUUAAUUAAUUUAAAUCAGUGAUAAUUAUGUUAAUACCUUUGACACUAAAUGAAAUUAUUGGAAUAUCUUAGCGAUAUAUCCUUUUUCAAAUGAAGUGAUUGAUAAAUAAUUUAGUAGAAAUACUUAUUUUUCAAACUUACAUUAUGUAAAAUUUAAGACG